AUGAUGCAGCAGCGUGUCCUUGUUUGUGUCAUUGUCACAUUAUACUUCCAUCCUUACUCACCUGUUCACUUUGUUCCCUCACAUCCUUCCAACUCCUACAUUCUUCCCAUUUUCCCUUCUUUUUCAUAUUAACCCCCACCAUUCACUCACUCUCUCCUUUUUUCUCUCUUGUGCUUUCAACUCUUCAAAUCAACCCUUUCACUUCCCUCUUUCUAAUGGAUGCAAAAGCAAAACCUUCUGUAGAACAUUUGAAGUACCAGACAUGGUUCUUGAAAGUUUCUAUCCACUGUGAAGGUUGCAGAAAGAAAGUAAACAAAGUUUUGAAGCGCAUUGAUGGUGUUUUCACUGCAACAAUCGAUUCUCAACAGCAAAAAGUAACAGUUACUGGAAAUGUUAGUGUUGAGACUCUCUUAAGGAAGUUGGUCAGAGCUGGAAAACCUGCCGAGAUUUGGCCGGAGAAUAACGACGGGAAGGGGAAAAACUCCGGCAAAGAGAAGAAGAAGAAGAAUGAGAGCGGAAAUGAACCAAAAGAAACACAAAGCUUGCAAAACAAGGGAACUGAAAGUGGUACCAAGUGUGAGAAUGAAAGCAAAAACAAGAACAAAAACUCAAAAAACAGUAUCGGAGAGUUGCCGGUAAAGUCUCCUGCCGGAAACAAUGUUGCUCCGGUAGUUGGUGGAGGGGGUUCUGAUAAUAAUAAUAAGAAGAAAAAGAAAGAUGGGUGUGGUGGAAAUGGAACUGGAAACGGAAACGGAAACGGAAAUGGAAACAAUGGUUUGAACACAGUAGCAAAGAGUGGACCAUCUCACACUGGAUUCCAAUUCCAGAAUCUUGAUCAAGGUAUGGCCCACGAAGUGAAUCUCAGCCCUACACGUCAGCAAUCCUUUUUUUAUCCAUCAGAAACAUGUUACCCUCCCAUGGCUUAUGUGUCAUCAGCUUACAAUAGGUUAUAUCCUAUGGGAAGAGUUGGUGAUCCUUCUUAUUAUGUUCCAUCUCUACCCUACACGUGUCCUCCUAGCCUAAUUGAUCAAUAUGGAACUUAUCAACUUCAAUCAGCACCGUCGGUUUCUUUUGAGUUUUUUAGUGAUGAAAAUGCUAAUGGAUGUUCCAUUAUGUGAAGAGAAUGUUGAACUUUUUUUGAGGUUAGGUUUUAUGGGGCUCUAGGUAGUUUUUCAAUGAUAGGUUGAAGGGCUGUUUUUUAAGGCAAUAUACAUUGUUCUCUCCUUUGUUUUGUAAGCCUUAUAGGGGCUGUUUUUGUACUUUAGUUAUGUCAAAGUUGAAGUGCUAAGUAUUUGCUUUAUUUUUGUUAUGAAUCAAAUAGUUUUAUGGACUUAAUGUGACA